AUGACGUCCAACGCUCGACUUGCCCAGCUUUCACACACCAACCUGGAAAAGACCAAGAUCGUAACGGACCAUUUAGCCUCCCACAAUCUCACAGCACCAUCGUGGGACGUUGACGGCGCAGUCGACUUUCCCAUCCCAGAGUCCGCCAGCGAGGCAUACACGGCAAGGGUAGACCUAAUCGCAACCACCAAGGAGCUCCACGACCUCACCCUCGGCCCCAAGCAGGGCCUUUCAUGGCUGUCAUGGGAUAUAAGCCCAAUCUGGGAAUUCCGCGUCCCCGAAUUUGUCCCCCUCACCGGCUCCAUCUCCUUCGAAGACCUAACCGCCAAAGUCGUUGCCGCCAACGGCUUCAAAAUCGGCGUCAUGAACCUCCGGCGCUUGAUCCGCCACGCGAUGCUAAACCACAUCUCCAUAGAGCCGAGAAAAGGUUUCGUCGCUCACACGAGCGUGUCGAGGAUGUUGCUAGAGGAUGAACCGAUGGCUAACUAG